AACAUCUGGAUCCGCCUACACGAAACCAAAAACCCCGAAGUCCAAACAGCCCCUUUUCCAUCAAAUAUAACUUUAAGUCGUGUGUAGCCUACUUGCCUCCUGAACACACAUUCGGAAGCAGAUAAAAUUAUUAACAGCAGACUAACUUUGGACGCAUCGGUGUGCCGCUUUUUAUAACCUGAAUAUGGGGUGCCGGACUUUCUCCUCGGUAACAUCCGUUCUGCUAGUAUUUUUCUGUUUUCGCGUGCUGGCGUUCAGCAACAUAAAGACCAACUUAUGCAAAUGGUGCGACUACUCCAGCCCGGAGUGCGAGGGCACCGUGUGCUCUAGCAACUGCUCCUUCAGCUCCUUCUGUGAGCUGUCUGAGGAAAUCUGUGUGGCUGUGUGGAAACAGGACAAUGUCAGCGUCAGCGUGCGGACAUUGUGCCACCACCCCCAGACGCCCAUCGAGCGCGUCCUGAUCUCCAACUACUCCACCACCCAGUGUGUGAUGGUGCCCCAGCCAUCAGAAGAGGGCAGCACAUACAUCUGUGGCUGCACCAGUGAGCAGGAGUGUAACGACAAGCUGAUAUUUGAUAAGGGAUCCAACGGCCUCUUGAAGCUCCAGAGUAAGGAUGUCAUACCAGUGGUGGUGAUCAGCCUGCUUCCACCACUCCUGGUGGCCAUAAUCGCCACCAUGACCUUCUACUUCUACCGCACACGGCAGUCAGCCAAGCAGCCCAAAGAUUGGGCCCCCAAACAGACCCGCUACCAGUCUCUGGACCCCCCUGAGGGUCGGAGCAGGGGAAGACCCCCGGGCAAGCUGUCGGCUGUGAUUGGGGAUUCCUCACCAGGUGACGCUGAUGGUCCGGAUGUGAGUGUGGAGCUUCUGCCGAUCACACUUGAGGAGAUGGUAGGCAAGGGGCGAUUCGCGGAGGUGUGGCGGGCUCGACUCACCCACAGCGCGAGGAGCCAGUAUGAGAUGGUGGCUGUCAAAAUCUUCCCGGCAGAGGAGUACAACUCCUGGCAGAAUGAGCGGGCCAUUUUCUCUGACCCCGACCUGAAGCACGAGAACGUGGUGCAGUUCCUGACAGCAGAGGAGAGGAGGGGUGGCCCAUGCUCUCCUCACAGAGAGUACUGGCUCAUCACAGCCUACCACGACUUGGGCAACCUGCAGGACUUCUUGGUGGGCCACGUGCUAAGCUGGGCGGAGCUGCACGCCAUGGCUGGAUCUGUGGCUCGGGGCCUGGCUCAUCUGCACAGUGACACCACGCCCUGCGGCUCCCCCAAAGUGCCAGUGGCUCACCGGGACCUGAAGACCAGCAACAUCGUGGUGAAAAAUCAGCAGGAGUGUGCGCUGUGCGACUUUGGGCUGGCGCUCAGGCUUGAUCUCCUGCUCACUGUGGACGACGUCGCCAACAGUGGCCAGGUGGGGACAGCACGCUACAUGGCUCCAGAAGUUUUGGAGUCCAGGGUGAACCUCGAGGAUCUGGAGGCCUUCAAACAGAUAGAUGUCUACUCCUUGGCCUUGGUACUCUGGGAAAUGGUCUCUCGCUGUGAUGCAAUUGGAGAGGUGAAGAGCUAUGAGCCGCCAUUCAGGUCCAAAGUAUGUGAGCAGCCAUGCGUGGAGAGCAUGAGGGACCUUGUAUUACGUGACAGAGGUCGGCCAGAUAUCCCUGCCAACUGGACCACACACCAGGGGAUGAAGCUUUUAUGUUCUACCAUCGUUGAAUGCUGGGACCACGAUCCCGAGGCCCGGCUUACUGCCCAGUGUGUGGUGGAGCGCUUUAACACUAUGGGCGAAGAGGAUGGUGGCCAGGACCUGCUCAACAACAACCAACAGCCUCCACCUGCCUCUUGCUUUGAAAGCCUGGGCCGUGUCACACCAUCCACUUCCUCCAUCACGGACCCCCCCACAGCGGUCACAGAGGUGUGAGGCAUUAUCCAGGCAGCUGAGGGAGCUGUCUGACAGACUGAAAUUCAGGCUAAGGACUGUUUAAGGAGCUGGUCUCCAUCCAAGAUCCACAUUACCCUGCAAUCGAUCCUCCUGAAGGCACCUAAGAUCUUUCUUCUACAAAGGAGGGUUAUAUGCUGAGAAGAUCAACGAGAAGUAAACAGGAAAUUGAUGAUGCUUCUCAAAAGUCUGUCAUAUAUUCAUUUUCACUGUACCGUCUCAACAGUUAGCAAAUAUUUUCUAGAAACACUGCCAGCACUGUGAAUUGUUAUGGUCUUCCUCUGAGCACGUGGUCUAGAUCUGGGUGGUUUUGUGCACCCAACCAGUGCUGGUCUCCUAGAAACAAGGAACUGAUUCAGUGUGAUCGUACCAGAUUUAAAGAGGAAAAAAAUCCCACCCACUGAUGGCAAGGCAGCUGAAAUACCUGGGGUGGUGACUUUAUUUAAAAAAAAAAAUGUAUAUAUGAUCACUUUAUAUUCUAGUGAAGCCUUUUGGUUUUGAGAAUUUGCAGGCAGUCAUUUCAUUUCUGCACUGCUUAGAAGUUUAAAGAUUAUCUGGUUAAACUGAAAUCCCAGCAUGUGUUUAAAACACAUGUGUCUUCAUUUAGGAAGCCAUAACUGCCGGAAAUAAUUGCAAAAAGAUGCAAACGCUUCCCAGAGAUCCCUGGCUGUGUGUGGUGUGACACUGUAUACAUUUUCAUGCGAUUAAACCCAUCAUUAAGAGAGUGCAAGUACUUAGUACAAGAAUCUCCACAAUGAUAUGAAAGAUUUUAAAGCUAUAUUUACCUUAUUUCUUCCAUAUGAAAGUAAAUGUAUGAAAUCCAUAAUAAGCAUGAAAGUAAGUUUAUUACAAAAUGCUGUAAUUAGCACUUACCCACCAAACACUGUUUUAAACAGUCAAGCUAAAUUUAUCAGUUGGUGUAAUUUGUUCGUUAUACCAAAGUAAAAAGACCAUAUGGUCACAAAAUAAAAAGAAUUUAUUUAGCCAAAUUUGAAUGUGUUAAACUUAACUUGCAUAUCACUACCUGAAUACCAGAACCCGAAUCUGAAUUAAAAAUACUGAAAAUGAAUUUAUUACCCGAGCAUAAAAAUUCAAGUUCAGGUUGUAAAAUUCAUCUGGUGACCUAUUUUGUGAUUGACCAUGAUUGUACUUAAUUGGUUCUUUUGCUCUUUAAGUUUAGAUGUUUUCUGAACCUGAAAUUGACAACCUGAGUCUUACAAUCCGAUCUUUAAAGAGCUGAAUUUGAAUUAAUUUUAAUUUAGUGAUCAAUUGUCAUUGUUGACGCACAACAGCGCACAACGACGAAAAGUGUCCUCUGCAUUUAACCCAUAUGUGACAAUGUGACAUAGCAGGGGGCAGCUAAUUCAGCGCCCGGGGAGCAGUGCUUGGGGGCGGUACCUUGCUCAGGGUACCUCGCUGGGAUUCAAACCAGCAACCUUUCCAUCACAAGUGCACUUUUCUAACCAUUAAGCCAGCAAUGCCCAACCCAAACUAGAAUUUUUAUAACCACACAUGCAACAAAAUUCCAAGUUCAGUAAAUGAAUUAAAGAAUCUGAAAUCUGAAUUUAAGUUCAGGUAAAGGUAUUUCAUCAGGUUCUGUUAUUCAGGUAAUGAAAUCUAAGUUAACACAUUCAAAUUCAGGUCGUGGCGAAUCACACUAUAGAUGUGACCUGCACCAUCUUUGCAUAUUUAAAGGCAUAUAAUUGUCCUAUAUGAGCAUCUGCUCACAAGCACGUAAGAGAUCCUAUAGAAGGAUUACUCAGAAAAACAAAGAUGUGAAACCUGUCGGGGUUUUAAUUUAUGUUAAUAAUGCCAGAUGAAAAAUUUUACCGAGUUGCCCGGAGUCAUGCAUGUUCAGUGGUUAUGAUUCUGAAUCAACCUUUUUCAGUGAAUAUCACAGUUAAAAGAUGUUCUGCACCUCAAUGCAUUUAUCAUGGUGUUAAAUGUGUGUUAAAAUACUGAGACACAACUCUGAAAUAAACAAAUUGAUUAGUA